AUGGGCCUAUCAACGUUAAUAGAAGACAACCUGCCCACAUUUUCGUCUGAUGUUCUCCGGUUGGAGAUAAAUGGACCUCACGAGAAUCAUCUCAGUGUCAUUAAUGUUCCUAGGAUCUUCAAAACCACAACACCUGGCCUGACUUCAAAGUCAGACAUUGCCCUUAUCAGGGACAUGGUGCUCAACUACAUGCGAAAUCCUCGGUCAAUAAUGCUUGCCGUUGUUCCAGCGAAUAUGGAUAUUGCAACGCAAGAGAUAAUCGAAAUCGCCAGAGAGUUAGAUCCGGAUGGAACGAGAACCUUACGGAUCCUAACAAAACCAGAUCUUGUCGAGAAAGGCGCAAAAGAUAAGAUAAUUGAACUUGUCGAAGGGAAGUAG